CGCUUCUCCCCUCACCGGCCGCGGCGGACGCUCGUCGUUCCCAAAUCUCCUCAGGCGGGACGGGCCGAGCGGGCCGGAAAGGGCCGCCGGUGGAGCGUCCGGAGGGGGGGGGGUCUCUCCCGCUUCAAGCCGCCCUGUCAGCAGCCCCCGAGGGCGGGAUGAAGCCCGCCGAGGCCUAGGAAGCGGGCCGGGGGGCCAAGGUGGGCUCCUCCUCCGCCUCCGACCCGGCCCACAGGCGCGGGACUGUCGGGGGGGGGCCCUCUACAAGCCCCCUUCCCCCCUCGCCUAUGUAGCAAUUUGUAUUUUAUUUUAAUUUUUAUGUCUGUCUCAAGGUAUGGUGUGAGCUUCUUCCCCCCUUGGAAGGGGCAGCUCCACUUUUUUUGACACCCCCUUAAGGAAAAGGCCUGCCUGCCUUCUUUUUCCCCCUCCUUUGGGGUAUUUUUGGGUGUUUGGGGGUGGUUCUUUCCCUGGAGGUUUGAAAAGCCGCCCCAUAAAGACUUAUUUUGGAGGGGGGGAGUUGGUUUCCCAGCACCCAGACCUUGCAGAGAUCCUGGACGUAAAUCUUUUUUUUUUUUUUGAAAGGGUGGAAGGAAGGAAGAAGCUGGAAAAAAACCCCAUUUUUCCUGCUCCCCUGCCUUGAAUAUAUACAACAAAUCCACCCCCCCUCCUGCACCCCCCACCUCUAGUUCCUUUCCUGUUGUUUUUCUUGGGGGUCUUUCUGAAAGGGGGGGGGCAGCCCCAGCCUAUGGAGGAAGACUCCUCUCUCUUUGACCUACCUGGCUGGACUUGGAUGCCGUAAAAGACUGGAGAAGAUCCUGGGGUUGUAAUGAGGGAACUAAGGGCCGGGAAGGAGGAAUUGAACCAGAGGCACCUUCGUUGUCUUCUUCGUCGUCUUCUUCGUCUUCUUCUUCGGCCAGUCAAGUGUCCUUCGACUGAGAUGGGUCUCCCUUUUGGACCGAGGCGACAGCUGGGUCUCCAGAGGGGCGCAUCAUGGCUGUGACGGCCUUCCUUUCUUCCUGCCAGAAGAUCCCGGUGGCGGCUUUUCCUCGAGUGUCCUGGGAGGUGGAUCUCUCGGAAGACUGAAAAACAAACUAAAUAACAAACAAACCCCGUGUGUGGCUUUUAAUUCUGCUCUCCUUUUGGAAUACGGCUGGAUUCUGAACUCGGGUCUGGAGUGUGGGAAAGUGACAGUCGCUGGAGAAUCGCCCGUAAGAUGCAGAUUGGCUAAAAAAUCGUCCUGUUGCCGGGGGCUCCAAUGAGUGGCACACAGUCCGCAAUCACGGACAGGUUUCCCCUCAAAAAACCUACAAGGCAUGGCAGCAUUCUGAGCAGAGAGUCUCCAGCAGACAAGAAGCAGAAGGUCGAGCACUGCAUUAGUGCCCAUGAUUUUGACCCAACAGGUCUAGUUCAACGAUGUGUUAUCAUUCAGCGGGAUGAAAAUGGUUUUGGGUUAACAGUCAGUGGUGACAAUCCAGUCUUUGUACAAUCCGUCAAGGAAGAUGGAGCAGCCAUGCGGGCUGGGGUUCAAACUGGUGACCGAAUCAUUAAGGUGAAUGGAACUCUGGUAACACAUUCCAACCAUUUGGAGGUGGUUAAGCUGAUAAAGUCGGGUUCCUAUGUAGCGCUCACUGUGCAGGGGCGCCCACCUGGGUCGCCCCAGAUUCCACUGGCUGAUUCUGAGGUGGACUCAGCAGCUGCCUUUGGGCAUAUGUCUCCCAUCAUGACAUCACCUCACUCCCCUGGAUCCCAUGGGAACACCGAGAGAAUUACCAGUCCGGUGCUGAUGGGGGAGGAAAAUAACAUUGUUCACAACCAGAAAGUAGAGAUUUUGAGGAAGAUGCUACAGAAAGAAGAGGAACGACUGGAGUUCCUGCAGGAAGACUACAACCGCACUCCGGCUCCCCGGCUGCUCAAAGACAUCCAGGAAGUCAAGAAGCACAUUCCUCAACUGCAGGAGCAGCUGUCCAAAGCAACAGGCUCGGCUCAGGAUGUCAUUUUGUCUUCCAAAUCUAUAUCCGAAUCUUUGCAGAUCACUGAGGUGGAAGCUGAGAGGGGGGAUGGGCCAAACAGAGGAGACUGUCAUUUUGGUGAUGGCCCCCAGGUGAACGACACAGCAGAGAGUCCUCGCAGUGUCUUGAGAGAGCAGAGCUAUCUGGAUGACAGCCCAGAGAAGACUGAGACUCACGAAACAGAUUCUCCAUCCAGUCUUGGAAGCCCUUCCUCUCGUGUGGCACCUCCAAUCAUAGGAGCAGAAGAUGAUGACUUUGAUGGUGAACAAGAACAGAUCAACGGGCAGUGUAGCUGUUUCCAGAAUAUAGAGCUACUGAAAUCACGUCCCGCUCACUUAGCUGUCUUUUUGCAUCAUGUCAUCUCCCAGUUUGACCCUGCUUCUUUGCUCUGUUACCUGUUUGCGGACCUGUACAAACAAACAAAUUCCAAAGAGACUCGCCGAGUGUUUGCUGAAUUUAAUCAAUUUUUUCUGGAUCGAGCUGCAAACCUGAAAGUCCCAGUUCCAGAUGAAAUUGCAAGUGAUUUAGAAAAGAGAAGGCUGGAAUUAAUUCCUGAAGAAUUGCACCGCCACUGUAUUCAAACUAUGCAAGAAAAAGUGUUUCUUGAAGUACAAAAGCACCUUGAAGAUUUUAGACAGAAACGCAGCAUGGGCCUCACGCUGGCAGAAGGAGAACUGACCAGGCUGGAUGCAGAACGUGUCCGGGACCGGGUAACCUUAGAGAAGGAGAGAGCGUGUGCAGAGCAGAUCCUGACUAAAAUUGAAGACGUGCUGAUGUCAUCUCAGCCUGUAGAAGAGGAUAAGAGUUCAGCUAUACAAUAUGUUGUUCUUACCUACAUGAAGCACCUUGGUGUACGUGUUAAAGAGCCCCGGAACCUAGACCAAAAACGGGGACGGAUUGGAUUCCUGCCAAAGAUAAAAGUUAGGAGAAUCAGGGACUCCAAAACCUUUCCGCAAGGUGGACAGUGUGAAUGCUGGGGAUGUCCAGAGUGAAGAUGAGCUCUUCGAUUUCGACAUGGAGACUGACCAGCCCAACUGGCAGCAGCUGGUGAGCCGUGAAGUGUUGCUUGGCUUGAAACCCUCUGAAAUUAAACGCCAGGAAGUGAUUAAUGAGUUAUUCUACACUGAACGUGCUCAUGUCCGUAAGCUGAAAGUCCUGGAUCACUUGUUCUAUCAGCGUGUGUACCGCGAAGGGAUCCUGACAGCGCCUGACCUGCGGAAAAUAUUUUCGAACCUGGAGGAUAUCCUCCAGCUUCACAGAAGCUGAGAGCAAUCCACUGUGUCGCCGAUUACAGCUAAAAGAUAUUAUUCCCACUGAGAUGCAACGGCUCACCAAGUAUCCCCUCUUGCUGGAUAAUAUUGCAAAGUACUCAGAGCAACCUUUAGAGAAGGAAAAAGUGAAGAAAGCAGCAGAUCAUUGUCGGCAGAUUCUCAAUUUUGUGAACCAAGCUGUCAAAGAAGCCGAGAACAAGCAGCAUUUGGAGGACUACCAGCGGCGGCUUGAUUUGUCCUACCUGAAGCAAGUGGAGGGCCCUUUGCUGGAUGAAUUCAGGAAUUUAGAUCUAACAAAGAAGAAAAUGAUUCACGAAGGGCCUCUGACUUGGAAGGUGAAUCGUGACAAAACUAUUGAUCUCUAUACAUUGCUCUUGGAAGAUAUUCUGGUAUUGUUGCAGAAGCAAGAUGACAGACUGGUGUUGAGGUGUCACAGCAAGAUCCUGGCUAAUACAGCCGAUAGCAAGCACACAUUUAGCCCUGUUAUUAAAUUGAACACCGUCUUGGUUCGCCAAGUGGCUACAGGUUAGUAGGACUGAGAAUGUUAAGUGGUUCUAACACUGUUUUGAGAAAAAUGGUGCUAUCUAAUCCAGUCUGCCCUUGGGUAUAAGGAUGGGAUUCAGGGAAGAAUCAUUGCUCAUUAAGAAGAACCUUGACGCCCCUCUCAAGCAGCUAGCUGACCCUCCGCUUUCGGACAGAAUGCACUAUGAGCAGCUGAGUCAGAGCUGAAAUUUUUCAGGCUGUAUGGAUGUCGUUCUGUC